UUUCUUUUUCUGCAUAGCAAAAAACCAAAAAGUACAAAAACCAUUGAAAAACAAAACUUAGAGGUUGUCCUUCAUUUUUCUUCGUCUUCUUUGUUCCAAGUUCCAGCAUGGUUAACGCAGAUUCUCUCACCUCUUCCCUCAAUUGUGUCGACCUCUCCAACCCUGACAUAAACCAAUCCGUUAAUUCGCUCAAACAGGCAUGCUUGGAUUCUGGUUUCUUCUACGUUGUGAAUCAUGGAAUAAGCCAGGAAUUCAUGGACGAGGUUUUUGCAGAGAGCAAGAAAUUCUUCUCUCUUCCACAUAAGGAGAAGAUGAAGCUCCUCAGGAAUGAGAAGCAUAGGGGGUAUACUCCUGUUCUUGAUGAACUACUUGAUCCUGAAAACCAAGUUCAUGUAGGAGAUUACAAAGAGGGAUAUUAUAUUGGAGUUGAAGUAGCUGAAGAUGAUCCAAAAUCACAUAAACCUUUCUAUGGACCAAAUCGAUGGCCUUCGUCAGGUAUUCUGCCUAAAUGGAGGGAGACUAUGGAAAAAUACCAUGAACAAGCAUUAGAAGUGGGAAAAAAAGUUGCAAGGAUAAUUGCCCUUGCUCUUGGUUUGGAUGCCAAUUUCUUUGAUCAGCCGAAAAUGCUCGGAGAGCCAAUUGCAAUUCUGCGUUUGCUGCACUAUGAAGGUAGAAUAUCAGAUCCCACAAAAGGAUUAUUUGGAGCUGGAGCUCAUACUGAUUAUGGGUUAAUUACACUAUUGGCGACGGAUGAGAUCUCAGGUCUUCAAAUAUGUAAAGAUAGGGAUGCUAAGCCUCAGAAAUGGGAGGAUGUGCCGCCAAUGAAGGGAGCAUUCAUAGUGAAUAUCGGUGACAUGCUGGAGCGCUGGAGCAACUGUGUUUUCAAGUCUACACUGCACAGAGUUCUGGGAAAUGGUAAAGAGAGAUAUUCUAUUCCUUUCUUUUUGGAGCCUAGUCAUGAAUGUCUAGUGGAAUGCUUGCCAACAUGCAAAUCUGCCACAAAUCCUGCCAAGUUUCCUCCUAUCCUAUGCCAGGACUACCUGAGCCAACGAUACAACGAUACUCACGCCAAUCUUACUAUUUACAAGAAACAGAAAAAUCUUCAAUACUAAAAUCCUUUGGAUGUGUAAAAGCUAGGAGAUUUUCCCCAAGAACAUUACUACUCAUGCAGAAUUGGACAUUGCUUAAAAUCUUAAGUAUCAAGUCUUUUGGAGGUGUGAAUCCUAAAGAGAAUGGAAAUUGCUGUUUUGUUAACCUACAAGCAUAGUGCAUUAGCCACCUUAUAUGUAUAGAUUUAGUUUUUACAUGGUAGGUAGUUGGUUUGAUGUUUACUAAAGCUAAAGGGGAAAAAGAAACAUAUAUAUGAAAUUAACAGUUGUAUUUUAUUUUAUUUUUUUGUUUGGUUCAAGCUCAAAUUUAGGAAUUAUAGGAGGAAGGAUAGUAGGAUUUGCUUCCACUUCCAUUGUGCUUUUCAAACUUUUAGCACAUUCAAUUUCUUUCGUAGGACUUGCAAGUGAAAUUUAUCUUCUAUA